GUUGUGCAGAACUCAUGUUAUAGCUUGCUCUGUGUGGACAUCACCGCCACCGUGGAAGAAAACGGCAGCUCGUGGCACCAGGCCUACACAAACUCGGGCACCAGCCCCCUACCAGCACCACCCGAACACUUGUGCAAGGCCUGCGGAGGCCAGUUUGACUCCUCAAGAACGCAUGUCUGCGUGGACUGCAAGAACAACUUUUGCAGCCGCUGCUCGGUGCAGGUGGAUCUCCGGCCGCGGCUGUGCCACACCUGUCAGCGGCUCCACUGCACCUUCUUUGAGCGGGCAGAGUUGAUGAGGCUGAAGGUGAAGGACCUCCGUGACUAUCUCCACCUGCACCAAACCCCCACGCAGAUGUGCCGAGAGAAGGAGGAGCUGGUGGAGCUGGUGCUGGCUCAACAGACUCCCAGAGGCAGUGGAAGCGCCCAAUCCCACUCACAGCCGCCUGUGCCUCCUCUGCCUUCCCAUCCACUUGCAGAAUCUGAACCCCUCACGGAGGAGGAGGAGGAGGAUGAAGAGGAGGAGGAGGAAGAAGAAGAAGGAGAUGGAGAAGAGGGUGAGGAAGAUGAUGAAGAUGAUGAGGAAGAGUCCACAGACAGCGAGGAGACGCUGGUGCACAGCAGAAGAGCCUCUCUGUCUGACCUGAGCCGGGUGGAGGACAUCGAAGGCCUCAGCGUGCGGCAACUGAAAGAGAUUCUGGCACGCAACUUUGUGAACUAUCAGGGCUGCUGUGAGAAAUGGGAACUAAUGGAGAAGGUCACCCUCCUCUUUAAUGAUCAGAAAGACCUUCAUAACCUGGUGUCAAAUACAAAAACAGAAGCAGCUGAUCCUGCCGAACCCAGCGGCCAGGAGGAGAACAUGUGUAAGAUCUGCAUGGAUUCCCCCAUUGACUGCGUGCUGCUGGAGUGCGGCCACAUGGUCACGUGCAGCAAAUGCGGGAAACGUAUGAACGAGUGUCCCAUCUGCCGACAGUACGUGGUUCGGGCCGUGCACGUCUUCAGAUCGUGAAAUUCGGGUGCAAAGAGACAGACUGCCCACUACAGGUUGUUGCUUUUUCACACAUUGAGCAACAUUUUGUCCAUGUUUUCUUUGAUUAUAUUCCAUUUUGCUGCUUUAUUUACAAGUUUACAUGAUGAAAUGCACUUAUUUGUACAAUAGUGCUAAAUUGUGGCUUUGGAGUGUUUAAUACAUUUGUUGACUUCUGCACUUUUUUUAUUUUUAAUUAGUUGUCUUUUUUCUUUAUAUCCAUCCUACAUAGAGUUCACUUAAGAGCCUCAAGACGUGUGUCUGAUAUCUGUAUAAACAACACCGUAUUUAAAUGUGUGGAAAUUUCGGGGAUGUGAAAACAGGGUAAGAUGGUUGAGUUUAAAUUUAAUUCGGAGCACUUAUUCUAAUGUUGUUUCGGUGUUUAAGUUUGUACAAUAGUUUAAGUUCAGUUCAAUUUACACAUGGUACCAGUACUGGUACCCGUUUCUAGUGAAUAGGUGCUAUUUUCCAGGCUCUGUGCACUUGUAGAUCACAGACCAUCCUGUGUCAUGCUUUGGCCUUGACUUCAUAUCUUGGGCAGAUUUCGUCCAAACUGCCAAGAGACCUUUUCUGUCUUAAAAUUUGCUUCAGUACAUUCUUCUUUUUUAUGGUGGCUAGUUCUCCACCAUUUCUAGUAAUACUAACAAGUCAGUGUUGGUCACAAGGUGCUCAUUAUUGUUUAAUUGUUUUGUUGUAUGAUAAAGUGUUAACCUAAUAAAAAUAAAACAUUAAUUAUAACUUCA